AUGACGCUUGUGUGCGUGCCGCUGGUGGCGAAGACGGUGGAGCAGAUGGUGGCGGAGAUGGCCGCCGCCAGGGCUCGCGGCGCCGACCUCGUCGAGAUCCGCCUUGACCACCUCGCCGUCUUCCAUCCCCGGCCAAAGUGGGAAGGAGGUGAAUAUGAAGGUGAUGAUAGCCGGCGGUUCAAUGCACUGUGCUUAGCUAUGGAAUUAGGAGCUGAAUACAUUGAUAUCGAGCUUAAGGUUGCUGGUGAUUUUGUUAGAUUCAUAUCAGGAAAAAGGCCAGAGAACUUUAAGCUUAUUGUAUCUUCGCAUAACUAUCAAAGCACACCAUCAAGGGACGUGCUUGGCAGCCUUGUAGCAAGAAUACAAGCUGUUGGGGCUGACAUAGUAAAGAUUGCAACAACUGCUUUGGAUAUUGUUGAUGAGAUGAAUGUGGUGCCCAUAUCACUUCAGUGCAUGUUGGCAAUCGGCAUGGUGGUAAAUGAUACAUGUCAUGCUUUUGGCUUGACAGUGCUGAAACAGCUCUUUGCUGAAUAA